AGCCCUCGACUUUCCCGCAGUAACAAAACGACGUAGUUUCCAUCGACCGUCUCGUUUUCGGGUGAAUUAAUACGGAACAGUCUUGAGUUCCUUGUUCCUUGUUCCUUGUCUUCUCCCGAAAAUCUCUUGUUUUCUUGUUUCUUCGAUUUCUCUGAGGGGAAAAAAGCCAGUCCAAAAAAGGAAAGUACCAAUCCGACAGCAGGAUUCGAGCUUCCGACAGGGAAGCUGUAGUUGAAGAUAAUCUGUUCGAGUCUGACGUUUUUGAGCUUAAGGAGAGGAUCUCACUUUUUUCUGCGCUCAUCCAUGGCGGCUGUGAUAGCGAUGGUAGUGGUUUAGUUUUCUGGUCACCGUGUGAUGGUAAUUGCUGUUUGUUGCGAAGAAGAGGAAGUGGGUUCGCACUCAAAAUGCCUUUCGCGAAGCUUGACGACUCUCCUAUGUUUCGCAAACAGUUACAAAGCUUGGAGGAAAGUGCUGAAAUAUUGCGGGAAAGAAGUCUCAGGUUCUACAAAGGAUGUCGUAAAUACACUGAAGGUCUUGGUGAGGGGUAUGAUGGAGACAUUGCUUUUGCAAGCGCCCUCGAAACAUUUGGUGGAGGGCAUAACGAUCCAAUAAGCGUCGCAUUUGGAGGACCAGUAAUGACCAAAUUUACGAUCGCAUUGAGAGAAAUUGGAACUUAUAAGGAAGUUCUUCGGUCACAGGUGGAGAAUAUAUUGAAUGACCGAUUGCUCCAGUUUGCCAACAUUGACUUGCAUGAUGUCAAGGAAGCUCGGAAGCGUUUCGACAAGGCAAGCCUUAUCUAUGACCAGGCCCGUGAAAGGUUUCUAUCUUUGAGGAAAGGUACGAGAAGUGAUGUGGCUGCUGCUUUAGAACGGGAACUUCAUACUGCAAGAUCUGCGUUUGAGCAGGCUCGGUUCAACCUGGUGACUGCUCUUUCAAACGUCGAAGCCAAGAAAAGGUUCGAAUUUCUUGAAGCAGUCAGCGGGACAAUGGAUGCACAUCUCCGUUACUUCAAACAGGGGUACGAGUUACUGCAUCAGAUGGAGCCAUAUAUCAAUCAGGUUUUGACUUACGCGCAGCAAUCCAGGGAAAGAUCAAACUACGAACAGGCAGUUCUUAACGAGAAGAUGCAGGAAUACAAAAGGCAGGUCGAUCGAGAGAGUAGGUGGUUUUCGAAUGGCUCUAAUGGAUCUCCAAAUGGAGAUGGCAUACAAACCAUCGGUAGAAGUUCCCACAAAAUGAUAGAAGCGGUGAUGCAAUCUGCUGCAAAGGGCAAGGUUCAAACGAUACGACAAGGGUAUCUCUCAAAACGGUCUUCAAAUCUGAGAGGAGACUGGAAAAGGCGGUUUUUUGUUCUUGAUAGUCGGGGAAUGCUGUAUUAUUACCGCAAGCAGUGUAGCAAACCAUCUAGUUCGGGCAACCAGCUUUCUGGGCAGAGAAAUAGCUCGGAGCUUGGGUCUGGACUUCUGAGUAGGUGGCUGUCUUCUAAUAAUCAUGGUGGAGUACAUGACGAGAAAUCUGUUGCCCGUCACACGGUCAACUUGCUUACGUCGACGAUCAAAGUCGAUGCUGAUCAGUCGGAUCUGAGGUUUUGUUUCAGAAUCAUUUCACCUUCGAAAAGUUACACUUUGCAGGCAGAGAGUGCACUCGAUCAAAUGGAUUGGAUAGAAAAGAUCACCGGGGUUAUUGCCUCGUUACUCAGCUCUCAGGUCCCUGAGAGGUGUCUUCCCGGUAGUCCCAUGGGAAGUGGUCACCAUCGGUCUGCUAGUGAGAGUAGCUCAUAUGAAAGUUCCGAAUAUGAUCAUAUUGCCACCGAAGAAUAUGCAUGUGAUAGGGGCUUUGCUGGACACCACCAUGAACGACCAUCGAGAAGUUUUCAGCCGCAACGAUCCAUUUUAAAGGGCGAGAAGCUCAUUGACGUUUUGCGGAAAGUCUGUGGGAAUGACAAAUGCGCAGAUUGUGGAGCUCCAGAACCAGACUGGGCCUCCUUAAAUCUCGGUGUUCUUGUCUGCAUCGAGUGUUCCGGUGUGCACCGUAAUCUUGGUGUGCACAUAUCCAAGAUUCGGUCACUUAUGCUUGACGUGAGAGUGUGGGAGCCUUCCGUUAUAAGUUUGUUCCAGGCUCUCGGCAAUACUUUUGCAAACUCGGUCUGGGAGGAACUACUUCAUUCAAGGAGCGCCCGAGUCGAACUGGGCUUCACCGGUUUGUGCAGAUCUGAUAAGCCCCGAAUUCUUGGCAAGCCCAACUAUGCUGAUUCGAUCUCUAUAAAGGAGAAGUACAUACAUGCUAAGUAUGCUGAAAAGCUUUUUGUCCGGAAACCAAGAGACUGCGAAUUCCCUCGGUCAGUUGCUCAACAAAUUCGGGAGGCGGUAUGUGCUAAUGACAAGAAAGCUGUAUACAGGCUUAUCGUAAAUGGUGAAGCGGAUGUGAAUCACGUGUAUAACCGACCAUCUUCUAAUGCUUCGUUAACGCUUGCCAAAGUGAUGUUAAUACCAGAGCCUCGAACAAAGAAUCAUGAGGAUGGUUUGUUCAGAUUAAGGGGUGACUUAUUGGAUAGAUCCUCCAGCAAUAGCUCUUCGAAUAUUCCCGAGGCUAGCGAGGGCCAAAGCUCCGAAGAUUUCAACGGAUGUUCGUUGCUCCACUGCGCGUGUGAAAAGGCGGAUAUCGGGAUGGUUGAACUUCUACUGCAGUGCGGUGCAAAUAUAAACGCCACGGAUUCAAGUGGUCAAACACCGCUCCACUGUUGUAUUCUCGGAAGCAAAGCUGCUUUGGCAAGAUUACUUCUCGCCAGGGGAGCAGAUCCGCAAGCUGUGGACGGAGAAGGCAAAUCCCCUCUAGACAUAGCAGCAGAGUGCAAGUUUACCGACACAGAAGUGCUUUCUCUUCUGUCAGAAUCAAACGGGUAAAACCACGAAGCAUGUUUGCUGAUACUGUUAAUGUUUCCGAGUUUUAAGAUCUCGGUAUAUAAUCGAUCCAUCAGGGUUGAAUCGGGUUUUUGUUAGAGAUGGCAGAAAACAUAGUUGAGGUUAUAUGGUAAGAGCCUCUCUCUUGUGCUUUCUCAUCUAAAGCUAUUUCCGUUCAAGCUUUUGCACCUUUGCUUGCUCCACAUGGUAUGUCACCCCAGAUUGCUUGCACCUUAAGUUAUGUCACUGAAAUCAAUGUAACCAUCUCUGCCUGUGUGUGUGUUUUUUUUUUCCUGAUUGUGGAGUUGAUGUUGAUGUGUUGUUACUCGGUGUAAUGUAAUGUAACGCGAUGUGUGUAUAUUGACACGGUCAGUCUUAAGCUUUUACUUUU